CCCUGCGUGCCAGUCCAGCCCACGUGUCCCGUCUCCUCCAUUUCUCUCCUCCGACUCCGAGCUCUCCAGCCUCGCCGCGAGAAACCCCGUCCCGGAUGUCGGAGGCCGUGGAAGCACCGGAGGCGCGGGAGAGGGUGCCGUCGUCGCCGCCCUACUGACCGCACCCGUCACUUCCACCGCCGCGCGCCCGCGUCCCCUCCGGCGACGGGUCCUCCCUCCUCUGUGUUUGAAGUAAAGCACCCAUGGAUCCACUGCAAAAGUCUAAGGCUUUGUGCCUGAAGCGCAAGCCCGAUGAUGAUUGCUUGGCGAAAAACAGCAAGUCCCAUCAUACUGAAAUUGAUAAUGUAUCUUCUAUGGUGCACAGCGGAUCCUCAUCGGAUUUACCUGCUCACAGUUGUCACAGCCAACCUAAUCUUGCUAAUGAUUGUGUUAAUUACCUGAAAAGUGGGGCGCCAAGUCGUGUCGUGUUUUACAAACAAGGUUCAUGGUGUGACUUUCCUGACAAAAUAGUCACAUCCAUUGUUGAUGCAUUCGGAGGUGACAAAUCUAGUAUCGUUGUUGUGAUGGAUGACCAGCCUCUACUUAUUGAUUUCUUAUCAAUGACCUUGGUGAACCUAAAAACGAGGAAACAGCGAUCUGUUGCAUGGCUUGAUGGGACUAACAACUGGUCUUUUCCGUCUUCAUUCUUUGAUGAGGAAGUUGAAGAAUCCGCAAAGUUGAGCAGAAAUGUUGUUGAAGGUGCUGCACUAGGUUCCGUUAGGGGUAAUGUUGUGAAGCCUCCAUCUGAUGUGGCGAAACAAGCUAUGCUUGAAGCCAGCCCUCCAGUUAUACAGAGUUCUUGUGCUUUAGAUAUAUUGCGUAAGAAGAUUGUACAUGUUGAAAGAGGUAGCGAAAGCUUUCUGUUUGUUCAGAACCUUUUCCUCUCUGGUAUGGGUUCAUUUGCAGUGCCUAACAACAUUCUUCAUAUUCAUCGGUACUCUCCAAAGGAUAUCCCUGCACAGCGUAGACUUGAAGCUUUUGAGAAACAGUUGUGGUUGACAGGACAGAAGUCUGGCAAUGCAAAUGCAAAAUAUGGAUGGCUUGGAUCCAGAAAGCAAGACAUUGUCAGUGUUAUAGUUAAUGGUUUUGUUAGCACUGGAAAAAACACUCAUGAUACGGUAAUGGCCGAUGGCAUUUAUCUGUCACCUGAAAACCGCGCCUUUACAAGUGUUGGUCUUUGUGAUGUUGACGAAAAAGGGGUACAGUAUAUGUUGUUGUGCCGAGCCAUAUUGGGCAAAACAGGAGUUAUCAAACCAGGUUCACAGGAGGAGUUUCUAGGCAUUUAUGAUUCUGGCGUUGAUGAUUGCUCAAACCCAAACUAUUAUGUGAUCUGGCCAUCACACCGAAGCACUAAUAUUUCUCUGGAAUACCUUAUAAGUUUCAGGCUUGCUCCAAAAGUUCAAGAGUAUUUUCGUAGCUUGAAGGGUUUAUGGUUGCGCCCACCUCCAGGUGAAGUGAAAGUGGAUCCUUCUAUUCUUCAACCAGUACUAUGUCAAACUGAUGAAGGGCCAACGUCUCCAUGGAUUUCAUUCAGAUUGCUCUUUGAGACAAUACAAGACAGUAUAUCGUCUUUAGCGAGGGAAUUGCUCUAUCGCCACUAUGAGGAGUUGAAGGAAAAUAAGAUUACUCAUGAUGAAAUGGUCAAGAAAAUGAUGAUAAUAGUUGGAGAGAAAUUACUUCUGGAUUCCUUAACAAAACUUAAAUACAGUCCGUCAUUAUGGUACAACUCUCCUGCAAAGAAUACCAGUUGUCCUGCAACAUUGGGAUCUGUCUGCAUUGGGACAAGUACAGAUGUUGUAUCUGCAACUCCUAGUCAUGAUGGUCCAGCACCAAGUGUACUUCGUGAGAAUUGUGAACCUGUGAAUUCCACAUAUGGUGGUUCUCCUGCGAGUGCAGUCCGAGGACAGCAUUCGCCCACCCCAAGUAUGUGUUCGGAAAGCUCUUCAUCCCGCUGUACUAACAGCCAGGAUCCUUUUGCAUCCAUGGUGGCACCUCUAGGUCAUGACGCCCUUGUGAGGAGUGCGUUGCUCAGUGUUAAUGGCUUGGAUUCUUCUGGACCAAGCAUGGAAUAUAAUGGUCAUGAUACCCUCGCACGAAGCUGUUCUGAAGGCCAUGACUCUCAUGUAUCAAGACCAACACCUGGGAACACUGCAUCUGUCAGUAUGGAAGGCCUGCAUUCUGCUGCACCAGGUACGACACCUGAAGCCCAUGACGCUCUUGCAUCCAAUAGGGCACAUGAAAGUGUUGCUGCAACUCCAGGCGUAUCAUGUCAAGCCUAUACUCCAAGUAGGGUUCCUCAGUUCUCCGCAGCGACAAGUAUGGCGCCUGAGCUCUGUGCACCAAGAAGUAUGGCACCACAUCUCCGUGCGCCAAGAAGUAUGGCGCCUGAGCUCUGUGCACCAAGAAGUAUGGCACCGCAUCUCCGUGCGCCAAGAAGUAUGGCGCCUGAGCUCUGUGCACCAAGAAGUAAUGCACCACAUCUCCGUGCGCCAAGAAGUAUGGCGCCUGAGCUCUGUGCACCAAGAAGUAUGGCCCCGCAACUCCGUGCGCCAAAAAGCAUGGCGCCUCACCUCCGUGUGCAAAGCAAGGUGCCUAAAGUUCCUGCAAGAAAGACCAUGCCUGAAGCCAGCUAUUCCAGUGCAGCAACUGUGGUUCCUGUGAUCUGUAAACCUCUGUCAUCGAGUGUUUUACCAAAAGAGAAGAGUCAUCCUACAUCAAGCAAGGAGUGCAUGACAUCAGAAAAUGUGGCUCCAAAGAAUCCAGCAGCGCAGUGUGGAUCAAACAAGAGCCUCCCCAGGAUAGGCGUUGACGAUGGCAGCACCGCCGCAUAUUCAGCAGAUAGACUCAUCACCCUGUCAGCGGAGGGCGAGAAAUGCCUGUAGAAGACCCCGUUGUGUCAGUGACCGCGUUCCCGCUGAAACCCAUAUGUGGUGUCAUACAACCCGUUCUCCUGUGGAUGCACAUGAACAAUUGGUCUUAGCCUGUUACUCUGGCAGGUCUCCGCUCACUCUUGUACAAAAAGCAGUAACUCGGUACACUUCCCCUUACGCGACGCAAAUUUUGCCUUGUCGACUCGGAUGGUUGAUCUGUGGUGGUCAGUUAGUGUUUCUCACAUGUCUUCCUACCUGGCUUAGGCAGUGACUAACUGACUAUGGGCCACUUCUUUUCAGCUUCUGCGGCAGAUUCAGAAGCUGAAAAGAGGUGUGUUUUGCCCCUCAGCUUCAGUGGUGUUCUUCA